AACUCAUUUUGUUCUAAUGAAAAAAAAUACCUGUUAUUAAAUGUAAAUAACCAGUUUGAGAUGGGAUUAUGAGUAAAUAAUGCCAAAAUUAACUUUUUGUCUGAUCUCUUCCUUCACAGUUGAUUUAAUCAAAUGCUCCUAGAGUAAAUUCCCCCGUUGAACCCAGAUGCAGCAUGUUUGAGCAUCAAUGCCACACACUAGGUCAAUAAAAAUACCUCGUGCUCGUCCUAUUCCCAAUUCCUGCUCAUUAUCAUUAAACACACACCAGACAGACAUCCUCCUACAGCCUGACAGGAAAUGUAAGUGUCUCUAUUGGCGAGAGUUUGCUGGAUAUCCGGAGCUAGAGAGACUUCGGUGGUGCUGCUGCCGCUGGUGUUGUGAAACAUGGCCAGCGCGCGGCAGAGCACGAGCUGUUCUUAGCCUCGUUUUACGUGGUGUGUUUUUUUUUCUCACGCCGUUCGGAUCUCCAGGUGUCUGGAUGAAAGUGGCAGGAGACUUCGAAGGCAGCGUUUUGACUCCUCUCGGGGCCUCUUUGGACGAACAAAGCGGCAGUUCGUCCAGAGGACAAUUAAAGAAUGGCUGUAGCUUUGAAGAUGACCUGUCCCUGGGAGCUGAGGCCAAUCACCUCCAGAACAGCAGCACAAAACCAGCGGCCAAUGGCUAUGAAAUCGCAGCCGAGGCCAAAAGGUGCCAGUUCAAGCAGAAAGGCAGAAGUAUGAACUCCACUGGCUCUGGAAAGAGCAGCACCACCGUGUCCAGCGUGUCAGAACUUCUGGACCUGUAUGAGGAGGAUCCAGAGGAGAUCUUGUACAACCUCGGCUUCGGGCGUGAGGAGCCCGACAUCGCCUCAAAAAUCCCUUCUCGUUUCUUCAACUCCUCUUCUAGCGCCAAGGGCAUCGACAUCAAAGUUUACCUGGGAGCCCAGAUUCAGCGCAUGGAGCUGGAGAACCCAAACUACGCCCUGACAAGUCGGUUCCGUCAAACAGAAGUUCUGGCCACGGUGGCAAACGUCUUCUCUGAGAUCUACUCCCAAGUGUCUGGAAGACCCAUGGAGAGAAUCGGCAGCGGCGACACAGAGACUAAAACCCACUCUCCAUUAAAAAGGAAUAAUUCAGCACUAAAUGCAGCCAAGAUCCUAAAACGGAACAUUACGAAACAGAACCUGCUGGCCUCUGUCAUGGAAGGAGCAGCCAAACAGCUUUCAGCGUCUGACGCUGACAACACGGAAGGUGCAAAUUCUGACGUACGGGCCGGACUGAUGGAUACCGAGCACAAACUACAGCAGAAAGGCUUUAGGAAAAAAGAUUCAUCUCUGGCCACAGUGACCGAAGAGGCCCAGCAAAGUAUCUCAGAGGCUUCAGUCAACGGAGACGUCCCAGAACCUUUGCCCAAAGACUCUACGUUAAUGAAUGGUGACCACUCCACUGAGACACCAGCUCCGGAUAAAGACGUGCCACUUUCCCCUGUCCAGGUGAGCAUCAGUCGGGUGUCCGACGAGAGUGACUUCAAGAUACUUGAGCACCAGGACACCAUCACUUCCACCCUAGAUAACGAACCAUCCAACCUGUUGCCCAACCCACACAUAGCCCACCUACUCAGCAAUUCAGCACUAAAUGCAGCCAAGAUCCUAAAACGGAGCAUUACGAAACAGAACCUGCUGGCCUCUGUCAUGGAAGGAGCAGCCAAACAGCUUUCAGCGUCUGACGCUGACAACACGGAAGGUGCAAACUCUGACGUACGGGCCGGACUGAUGGAUACCGAGCACAAACUACAGCAGAAAGGCUUUAGGAAAAAAGAUUCAUCUCUGGCCACAGUGACCGAAGAGGCCCAGCAAAGUAUCUCAGAGGCUUCAGUCAACGGAGACGUCCCAGAACCUUUGCCCAAAGACUCUACGUUAAUGAAUGGUGACCACUCCACUGAGACACCAGCUCCGGAUAAAGACGUGCCACUUUCCCCUGUCCAGGUGAGCAUCAGUCGGGUGUCCGACGAGAGUGACUUCAAGAUACUUGAGCACCAGGACACCAUCACUUCCACCCUAGAUAACGAACCAUCCAACCUGUUGCCCAACCCACACAUAGCCCACCUACUCAGCCAGCCCAGAGACUCGUUUGAAAUGGAGGAGUUGCAGAGUAAUGAGGAUGAAGCUCUUCCUGGUCCUGGUGGCAUGUCUCAAGCUGGCAGCGAGAGGUUAUUGAGGACUGCCAGCCAGCAGUCUGACAGCAGUGGGUUUGCAGAGGACCUAAUCACAGACGGUUUGGUUAAUCACCUGAAGGUACAAGAAAGCUCAGAUAGUUGUGACAGCGAAACCACAGUGACAUCACAUGCAGGAGAAGUCCGCACACCCACAGCAUUGGAGUACCCCAACUUUGAGAGGUUGCGGGGUGAGGAAGCCCAUCCUCAGUCCAACAAAGGAACAUUUAGCCAGAGUGGAGCCAACCGAGAAGUCCCUGAGAUCAGCAGCCUCCAGAUUCCCAAUUCAGACUCUGACAAUAUUAGCACCAAUGGACUGCUUCUUUCUCCUGACUCUGAUAGGGCUUCCAUAGUUGAAUUCAAUUUCACCACAGCGCAAAAACCCACCACAGACUCUCCAGAAGUAGAUUUGAGUACAAUGGUAGAUCCUGCAACAGUUUCCAUCUUGGAUGUAGCUCAUGAAGGCAACAUAUCACAGCCUGGUUUAGGCAUAGAUCUAGACUCCUCUGAGGAUUUACGUCCAUCCUCUGGACCAGAGUCUUCAGAUCUUCCAGAGUCUUCAGAUCUUAAGCAAUGCAACCCUACGACUCAAAGAAGACAAAUGGCCCUCCAAACAGUCCAUCAGAGGUCAUCCUCUAUGGACGAGGAACGUCCCGGCCGAGUAUGGGUGAGGGACAGGAACUUGCUAAGGGAAAGCUUGGAGAGGAAUCCUUUAAGGAGAUCUAGCUCCCUCCCAACAUCUCAGCUCAGCCCAGCUCGAGUGGUCACCUCCAUGCGAAUCCAACUCGGAAAGGGUUCGGUCAAGCACUGUACCCCACCCUCGUACUCGUACCGCUACGACGAAGAGAAUCGCAGUGACCGAGAAGAAGUGGAUUCCAUUAGGGAAGAAGAUGAAGUAGAUCAUGCUGGUGGCCAAUCAACUCUCUUAAAUUCUGCUCCAGCAGGUGGUUUAAAGACGGGCAGGGGAACACCACCACACCUUCUCAACGUACCCCAGCAUCUGACUCGCUCUUCCAGCUCACUUUAUAGUGUCCCUGCAGACUGGCCUCAGAGGCCCUUGGGAGAAGGUCCAAACUGGAGCACAUGUAGCGUCCCAAACCUUAAUCAAUUUACAGGUCCGGGCCACCCUCCUCCUCAUGGGUCCUUCUACUCUCCACAUCAAGGAGUGGCCUACAACUCCUCGUACCCUACCAGACUUCCCCACCACAAUCCCUAUCCACAACCACAGAGCUCACCUUAUCCUCAACCUCUUCAGAGCAAUGCAUUUACUCCAGCACAGGGGGCGCCAUUUACACCCCAGCACAAUAUGCAUUAUGCUCAUCCGCACAGUGCUCCUUACAGCCCAUUCUACUCACCUUAUCACAUUCCUCAGGGAGCUCCCUACGGCCCCUCGUUGAACAUGCACGGCAGCCCAUAUCAACCUCACGUCUCUCUCGCGCAAUCCCACAGCGCCCCCUACAGUCUGGGCUACAACGGUUCUCCUCAUCACCCUGGCGCCCUAUACAGUCAUCCAUACUAUCCAUCUCCCCCCUUCCCUUGCUCUUUUGAGACGCCUCCUGCCCCCGUACCUGCGAUGGGCAGCACAGAGAUGCAGCUCAGGAGGGUCCUGCAUGACAUUCGUGGGACAAUGCAGAAUCUUGGUCAGAGCUCAUCCGUGCAUGGAGGGGACACACCCAUUGACAGGAUCAGUACACCGCGCUCUGUCCAACCGCUUUAUGAGGAGCUCCAGAUGCGGCGUAGGAGUCUGAACGUCUUCCGGACUCAGAUGAUGGAUCUGGAGCUGGCUCUCAUGAGACAGCAGUCUAUGGUCUUCCAGCAUCUUAAUCCAGAUGAGAGGCGGGAGGCAGAACAACUUCAAGCACUGCGGUCUGCUGUCAGGCUGGAGCUACAAGAGUUGGAGCUGCAGUUGGAAGAUCGUCUGCUCUCCCUGAAUGAACAGAUGCGCAGCAGCUCGCAGCACAGCAACCUCUACCGUCACCACAUGGGCAUGCACAGAGGUCACAGCAUGGAAAGCCUGUCUAAUUCUUCUGCACUGCGGGCCAUGGAGCCGGUGACCGACCUCCUGAAGGAGCAAUUGUACCUUCAAUCUGAACUGGGAUAUGAAGCUGUCACACCCAGUUCAGGCCGUUCAUCGAGGGCAUCCAGCCCUGGAAGACUCAACCAGACGCUCGAGUCUUGCUCUUCUUCCCAGCAGAGAGGCAGCGUUUACCGGGCCACCAUUAAUCUCACACCCACUGUCCCUCCACGGCCUGGAAUGGAGGUUGCUCGGCCCGUUUCUCCAGAGAGAAUGGAGGAGAGCAUGACACCUGCUACCUUGGAGUUGUGCAGAGAUGAGGACGAGAUGUCACUGGAUGGUCGCAGGAGCAGGACGACAGAGGACUACAGUCCCACCGAAUGGAGGAGUAGAAGUGGAGGGAAUGGUGACCUGCAACAUCUCAUACAGGAGAUUAAAGAAAGUAUCGCACAUGAAAUCAGGCAGGAGAUUGUGAACGAGCUUCUGGCUGCUGUGUCACCGCAUAGAUCUCCUCUCCCGGCCAGGAAGCCCCCUGUGUAAGCAUCAUAACAGAGGAUGGAGGUGAAGAAGAAGUAAAUCCUGUGAAAUGGUCAAAACGAACACUGGUUAAAGCUUUGCACUGAGAACGGCCCAGCACCUCUCUCUGGUUCGGUCUGUGAAGCCCUUCCAGACUCCACUGCUUCUGGACUUUAGAGCUGCAGGGAAUCUGCUUAUGCGUUCGAGUCCAGAUUCCACAUUUGCGGUGGUUGAGAUCUUCCACUGUCCGAAUCCGCAAAGGGCACGCAGCUUAUUGUGGUAUCCGUCUGGUACAUAUUGCUGCAAUGUAAUGAAUCUUUUGGGAUGUAUUUAACUAUGUGAUGCAGGUCUUGUUGGAUGGUUGCAGCGGUUGAAAAGAUUUGUGGGAGACUAAAGUUUUCUGUGUGAGUGUGUCUUUGUCUGUCUAGGACAAAAAUGUCUACUGUAAUCAGAAUUGUUUUCUAAUUCAGCCUCUGUGAGGAACUAACUGUGCAAUAAACUUUUUUCUCUCAAACUUGAACUGACCAAUCACAACCACUGUUCUGCUCAAAUGCACACUGCUGUCUUCAUUUCCUGUUGAUGGUCUAUCACAUACUGUAUGUAUAGACACUUAAGACACUUAAGCCUUCAAAGCACAUUCAUAAACAUACUGUCCCGUGAGAAGAAAAAGCACUAAAUACUCUUUAUAUAUA